UCACAUUUCCCCAUUUAUGGCGCAAACUCUUUUCAUUUCUAAUCUUAUUUUAGUUCAAUUAUUUUCUUUACGGAUUCAAAAUUAAAAAGAAGGCUCCAGGAGUACUCAGACCCGAUCAUACUCAUUAGAGUGCUUGAAAUAAUUCUGGUUUCCAUACAAACACAUUUUAAGUUCAGAGCGGCAACGCAAAUCAGUGACCAUGUCGUCUGUAAAGAUACUAGAAGAAUCUUCAUCUGCGAAUCCUCUUGUGCUUCGACUUCAACAAAUUCUAACCUCAUGUUCCAGAUCAAUCGAAACUGGAGAUCUCCAUAAAUCUGGAAGCUCAGUGUCGGAGCUCGUGAACUACCUUGAUUCGAUUUCCGAUGCUGCUUUAUCUGAUACGAGCAAUGAAGAAUCGAGAAACAAUGCGCUCGAAGUUCUCUCGGAGAUUCACCUGUAUAUAUGCCAGCCCUUGUUGGACCAGGCGGUUGUGGAUGCUCUUUCUUUUGAGUUGCCUAAGGCGGUUGCUAAGUUUGCAUGCGUCUCUGGCAAAUGUCUGGAGAUUGUUGAGAGUAUUGUCAAUCAGUUUGUAGCGACUUGUAGCCCUCGGGAUUUGAUUCCGAUUUUCUGCGAGGCAUUAGAUGUUCCAAGUGGGAUGUCCAAGGCUCCUAAUUAUUAUGCUCCUUUUCUAAGUGGGCUAUCAAAAGUAUUUCUUUCCAUUCCAAGACGUCAUUUUGAGCAAGUAAAAGAAGCAGUCCCUGUUAUCCUUAGUGUUUUGAAGGCCAUGACUUCAGAGUUAGAUGAUGAAGACACAAAUUCUGAGGAUUUGUUUGCCAGAGCCAUCAGCAUUGCCAAUUCUAUACAAACAGUUUGUGGAAAGUUGGCGGGCAGGCUAAAUGAAAAACUCCGUGCUCUACUUGGCUUGUUUGUCUUGCAAAUCAUGUCUCUUCUCUGUAUGAGGGAGAAAGUUUCAAGCUGUCUUACCUUGGUGUUACAACUAUCCCACUUCCUUCCAUAUUGUGGCUUAUCCUAUCUUGGUUUACUUACUGGAUGUGAUGUUGACACAAUUAUUGAUAUUGUUCUUAAAGAAUGCACAGAGGAUGGAGAUGAUUAUAUAAGUUGUUUUCCCUAUGUCAAGCAUGGAGCAUCUCUUGCAGUGAUUUGUGGCCAUAUGUCAAACAUGGUCGCUCAAUCAGCUGAGGAGGAUUUGACUGUCCUUAAGGAUGCUCUUCAAAGUAACCAGACUAAAAGAUGGCAGGCAGUGGGCAUGUUAAAGCACAUAUUUUCCUCUGCCAAUCUGCCAUGGGAGUUAAAGAAACAUACCAUCAACUUCUUGCUUUGGAUUAUGGAUGGGAAUCUAUCUGAAAAAUGUAAUGAUGAAGUUUCAGACUGCUCAUCUUAUGUGCCUGGUCUUUUUGCUUCUUUGCAGGCUAUUGAGAUGGUCAUUAUGUACACAUCAGAUUCAGUGCUAAGGAGGAAUGCUUUUAAUUCUUUCAAAAAGGUACUUGCCGAUAUUCCAACCUCUCCACGGUUUGACAUUUUAAAAGCGUUGAUUGCAAAUAGCAAUUCUUCUUCCAUGACUGCAAUUCUUGUAGAUUGUGUUAGAGAGGAAAUGCGUAUGGAAAAUUGCCAAAGAAUUUCUGUAGGACAUGAUGAAUUCUUGCAAGCUGAAAAAUCCUGCCAAAGUUCAUUGUUUUGGAGUGCAGAUGUUCUCGAAUUGGUGGAAUUGAUUUUGAGACCUCCUAAGGGAGGACCCCCAGCCCUUCCUGAGGAUAGCGAUGCGGUUCUAUCUGCUCUUAACCUUUACAGAUUUGUAUUGAUAACAGAGUCAACAGGGAAAACCAAUUGCACAGGGGUGUUAUCCAAGAACAAUUUACACAAGGCAUACAACGAAUGGCUUCUACCUCUUCGAACUUUGGUAACAGGCAUUGAGGCUGAAAACAAGAAUGAUUAUGACCAACUUGUGGUUGACAUGGUAUGUGCCCUCAAUCCUGUUGAAUUAGUCUUGUAUCGUUGUAUUGAGCUUGUCGAAGAAAAAUUGAAACAAUAGGCAUCUCAUGCAUGAGCCGUUUGUGGGAAAAUCCCCAUGGAAAUUUUACAGUGGAUGAACAUAUAGUUCUCGAGCAUGAAUACCUUUUGCUUAGCUGUUGGACAUGUUAUGAGUAUUGAUUCUCUCAUAAUGAGAUCUGGAGUUCGCAAA